CGCGCCUGCCGUAGGUCACGUGGGGGCCGCCGGCAGCCAUGGCGGCCAGCCGGUACCGGCGGUUCCUCAAGCUCUGCGAGGAAUGGCCGGUGGAGGAGACGAAGCGGCAGCGGGACCUGGGAGCCUUCCUGCGGCAGCGGGUGGCGCAGGCCUUCCGUGAGGGGGAGAGCACGCAGAUUGCUGACCCUGAGGCCUGUGACCAAAUGUACGAGAGCUUAGUCAGAAUCCAUACCAACUACUACAAAAACAAGUAUCCACGCCUGAAAGACACGAGCUUCACUGGAGUGACAGUAGAAGACUGCAAGAUGAUACUAGCAACAGACAUUCUGAAACAGAUGGAAGACAUGAAAAAAGGUACAUGGAGAAGACUGCGAGAAAAGUUUUAUGCCAAGAAACCUGAAGAGGACUCAAAGUGAUAGGCUAACUCCCAGAUUCUCCACUGUAUAUAUUCCUAAAGCACUGUGUGUUGCCAUGAUGAAUAAAACCAUUUAUUCCUCUUA